CUCCAGGGUUAUCACUGGGGCUCGGUGCCUGCUCUGAGAAUCCACUGCUCCUGGUGGCCAUCUUUUUGUUUGUUUUGUUUUGUUUCUGUUGUUGUUGGAUAGGACAGAGAGAAAUUGAGUGAGGAGGGGAAGCCAGAGAGGAGGAGAGAAGGACACCUGCAGACCUGCUUCACCGCUUGUGAAGUAACCACCCCCCAGGGCUCGAACCAGGAUCCUUGUGAAGGUCCAGGCAACACAACGAUGAGGGCACUCCUUCCUUUGCUCCUGGUCGUGUUCCUGCCACAUGUGAAGACCAAUGGCACCAUGACUGGAAGACAAAGGUUAGGACUGAGGUGUCAUGUAUGUGAGAAAGAGAAUAGUUUUGACUGUAAGAGCCCAACGCAGUGUGACAACAACAACCUGCACUGUGUCACUGCUGCCGUAAAAAUAUUACCACGGUUCUACUAUGUAUCAAAGCAGUGUGAGGUACAAUGUCCAAUAAUAGAAAUCCCACCGAACCCUAAAAACUUUCGACUUGAAGCGCCAAUGCCCUUCUUAUAUCUGAAGUGCUGUAAUACAAAUUUAUGCAAUGAAGAAGAACCAAAUCUGCCUGGAUUAAACGCAACGUUCAAAGGAAGUGAAGGCUCAGGUGGUAUGAGGAUCAGCAGUGGGGCUCUAGUGCUCCCAUUCACCCUCACCCUCACUUCUGUGUUACUGAGCCCCACACUGUCUUGAGCACUGAACCUGCUUCAGGCCCUGUCCCUGAACAUCACACAAUUGAAGUUGACUAGAAGCAUAUAGUUGACAACCAAUUGAAUUAAACUUCUUUUUUUCUGGAUUGA